UCUACUGUUGUGAAGAUUUAGGUUUUACUAUCGAUCGCUUAUCACAUUCCUUAUCAUUCUGUUAUCAACUAUAGCAGAUUAGCGGAUCAUAACCUCCGUCCUGUAUGAAAAUCAAAGUUCAUCAGCAUCAACAAGAAUGUCGUUUAAAAAAGACUUGCACUUGUUAAUAAAACCAUAUUAUUUAGUAAACACAAUAAUCAGUCUCUCUUAUAUUGUUGCAAAACGAGUACCAGCAGUGUGUAAUUAUUUAUUCCUCCAAAAUGAAUGUGAAUUAAAUGGGAGGGAAACUGAAAUACUGUUUUUUCUGAUGAUUGUAAUAAUGAUCAGAACACGCAAGGCAGGCAGCGUAACUAUGAUAAAUUAUUUAUCGGCCAGUUUUAUUUAUGCAAAAAUCGCAAAUUUGAUUCUCUGGUUUUACGCUGAUGUUAGAAUGGGAAUAAUAUUUGGAAUAAUCUUUAUUCUCUGCGGACUAGUAUUGCCAGAACCAACUUAUCAGGGUCCAGAAAAUGUGAUAUAUUUGCGAGGAGCUACCGGAUUACAGGAAGAACUUCAACGUGACAAUAGAGUUACUUGGCUGAUAGCAUUCUAUACAGUCUGGAAUCCAGCCUGUGUCAAUUUUGCUCCAAUAUUUUCACAGAUAUCUGCUGAAUAUGGUUUGGAAAAUUUAAAGUUUGGAAAAGUCGAUAUUGGUAGAUAUCCAGAUGCAGGAGCCAAGUAUAAUAUAAGCGACUCAAGCAUGAGUCGUCAACUGCCAAGCUUGAUACUUUUCAAAGAGGGUAGAGAAAUACAAAGACGUCCACAUGCAGAUCACAGAGGCAAACUGAUAAAGUUCCUAUUUUCUUCGGACAAUAUUAAAGCAGCUUUUGAUCUCAAUAACAUUUACAAAGAGUGCAAAAACACUCCACUAAAACGGCGAGACAAAAAACCACUGAAGGAAGAAUAAUUUAUUAUUCUGAAGUUCACCGCAAAAUGAACUAGCAAAAAACUAUUUACAAUUAUAUACAUCAUCAUAAACAAGUUUAGUUUAUAUCCGAGCUUUGCAGCUUUUCCUUCUAUUCAUCUUCUUAUGACGGCUCAUUGGUAUGGACUUAGGUAAGAUGUAUUUUGAUCCAUGAAUCUCAAUAGUCUAGCAUUGCAGUCAGAAAGUCAUGUUGAAUAAGAAAAUUGGUAAGAUAUAUCCCCAUGUUAGUCAUUUUCAUUCUACUCAAAGUAUUUAUACAUAUAUUAGAUACGUAGUACGUACAUGUAGAAAGAUAUUUACAUCAAAAUAUCUAAUGAAGUUAACCAAGUGGUCAGAUUAUGUAUUGGAACGGUUUUGUGUGCUACAGAUCCGUUAUGCUUCGUAAACUAUGUUCUAUUGAUUCGUGAUAUUAAUUAGACAACAUCGUAUGAUUCGGCUAUGAUGCUACUGAGAGUUGACAAAUUGUUCUUGAUAUUAGCAGAUAAUUCAGUAGGCCUAGGAGAACUAAAAUAUUUAAGAAGAUAUGCUUUUGUCAAGUUAUUUAUUCAUUUCAUCAUGAAGUAUUGCAAUAUGAUGACUCUGGGUUUGAAACCAAAAGUAGUGCAAUUGCUAGGCACAUUUAGUUUUAAGAAAUUAAAGUUUUUAAACAAAUUUUGUUGACAAUGGUAUAUUACAAUAAAAUUGUAUAGCCACAAAGACCUUUGUAGAUCGACACUUUCGAUAUAUUCCUUUUGAGAAUGUUGUAAAUAAAUUACAUAAAUAAUUGUA